AUGGAUCAUAUCGGACUUCCUGAAGUGCCGCAUUCGGAGCCUAUCCUGCCUACCUCCCAUCGCGAAAUCUAUCCUCAAAUACCGUCCUCCCCGCCUUCGGUUGGUAGACGCAGACCUAGAAAGUCACCAACGGUCACGCCUCGAUCCUUCAGACGUUUUUUCACACCAAGGUCUCUUCUCAAUGCUGGAAACAAUAGCAGUGCUGUGAGAACAGGUCGUCAGGCUUUGCGGACCUUGACCUCGCCGGCAGUCAAUCGUCUCGCACCCGCAUUUACAAGAGCGUCCAAAACCAACGGUGCACAGAGCCCGAACGAUGUUUUACCAGAGGAUCUCAUGCGUACACCAAGUCGGAAAAGAAAAUAUUCUUUCUCUUCUAUUGUUUCCCCGCUACAAUCUUCGCCAUUAAAAAGAGUCCGUGUGCGUUCACCGGUGGGCGACGAAUCAGAGCCGAGACCCAUAAUUCACGAUCUUGAUAUCAAUCCUCAGGAAGGCCAUGACGAUUUACCACCUACCAGUCCUCUCAAACGGGAACCCGUUCGACCUAUUCAACGGUCACGGGCAUUGCAAACUUGUGGGGCUUUUUUCACGAGAAGUCUACAGGGCGGCCGCAACAAUCGGUUGACUUCUAGAGCCACUGCUGGUGUUGGCUGGCAAGAUUUAACUGCUGAUUUCUACUCGCGAUCGGAAGACCGCUAUGUAUGUGCUAGUUACCUCAAUGAAGGGCAACUUGCACUGCCAUUCUGCAAUGCCUCCUGCAACAACAAUUCAUUGGUUGCAGUAGGCGAUGAAGAAGGAAGUAUUCGACUACUUGAUUCAUCGAAAGAUGACGAACGGGGCUUCUCGAGCGCGUUCCUAGCUUUUCGUCCGCACAUGAAUUCGAUCAUGGACCUCGAGUUUUCAUCGGAUGACUUGUUCCUCGCCACAGCUUCGGGCGACCAAACAUCUUUGAUUAUUGAUAUGACGACCCAAAAACCUAUUCAUUGCUUGUCGAAUCAUGUCUCCUCGGUAAAGAGAGUACAGUUUCAACCUGCUACCAAUAAUAAGGUUCUCGCAACAUGCAGUCGAGAUGGCAAUGUCAAUAUCUGGGAUCUCCGCUGUAAAGGCUUUGAGCGUCCUUCCUUGCAAGUUCGUUGCAACUUGGAGUCUGAUGCUGAAAACGCAGUGUCUUCAACACCCUCCAAGAUGACUUACCCUCACGUUCUCAACACAAUCCACGGAGCUCAUGCUUACACCACCCCUCAGAAGCAAACUUUAGAGAAAGGCGACCCGCCUCCAUUUGGUCGCUCGGAUAUCACUGUCACGUCCAUUUCAUUCUUGCCCGCUGGCCAAGAAAACCUGUUCGUGACAGCAUCGGAGGCUAGUGCGAGUGUUCGGCUAUGGGAUUUGCGGACAGCACACAACAACCGUCGCGGUCGACCUGUCCUUCCACUGUCCUCAACCCGAGAGCCUGAUAGCCACAUCAAGUAUCGCAGAUUUGGUUUAACUUCUUUGGCUUUUAGUGGUGACGGUUCCAGACUGUAUACCCUAUGUCGAGAUAGUACAGUGUAUACAUACGCAACCUCUCACCUGAUACUCGGCCAUGCCCCUGAACUUUCACUCAACAAUAAUCGCCCUCGACGUUCUGGAGGCUCCGACAAAAAUGGCUUAGGGCCUCUCUAUGGAUUCCGUCAUCCAAACCUGCAGGUAUCUUCGUUCUAUGUCAAGCUUGCAUUACGCAAAGCACACAACGAUCGUGCUGAAAUGCUCGCCGUCGGAAGCACUGGUCACUCCCCUAUCCUGUUUCCUACCGACGAAAGAUUCCUGCAGUCCACUGUAAAAGUUCCUGAUAGUGAUCUACCCGGCGGUACGCCGCUCUUCAGAACUCGAUCGGGACUACGCCGCACCAACUCCAGCGCUGGUCUGUCCGGACGCCUGGAAGACACCAUCGCAAUUCAUCAUUCCGGCACCCCUCUGGUGGAAGGCCACCAGAAAGAAGUUACCGCACUGUCCUGGACUGUUGACGGUGAACUCAUCACUGUCAGUGAUGAUUAUAGCGUUCGAUGCUGGCGAGAAGGGCCGGAAGCUCGCGAGCUGCGAAACAGCGGCGACGCAGAGGGCCGGCGCUGGCAGAGUGGCUGGGCCGCAACUAAAGAUUCAUAUGACGAUGAGGAUGAAUAA